AUGGGGUUCUUUGCAUAUUUGUCUGGGGGUUAUCGAAACUUGCACUUCAUAAAGAAGGAUGUUUACAACUAUAUCGAUGAUGUACAUCAUUCUCAGAUUGUUCAGGGUGAUGCGGCAGCAGCAAUAAGUUAUUUGAAGGAAAAAACCGAGAUGAAUCCAUUAGCUGUUGUGAUGUAUACAUAUUGUCCCGAAAACCACCUAGGUCAUCUAUUUUGGUCAGACGGAGCGAUGCAGUAUGACUAUGAGUGCUUUGGUGACGUGUUGGCAUUUGAUUCGACAUAUAGAAAGAAUCUAUACAACCGGUCUUUAGUAAUAUUUUCUGGCACUAAUCACCACCGACAGACAAUAUCUUUUGGUUUCGGGUUGCUGGAGGACGAGAAAAUUCCAUCUUAUAAGUGGCUGAUAGGCACUUUCCUAGAGGUCAUGCAUCAAAAACAGCCCAAAGUUGUGGUUACAGAUGGAGACGAGUCAAUGAAGGAGGCUAUUAGGACAGAAUUCCCUAAUGCCACACAUCGACUUUGCACUUGGCAUUUAGCGCGGAAUGCUGUUUCAAACAUCAAGGAUAAUGAUUUUUGUGUUGCUUUUAAGACGGCUGUGUAUGGUCAUUUUGAGGUAGAGGAGUUUGAUUAG